AUGUUCCGUCUCUUUGGUGAAGCCUACGAUGGACCCAUGUGGCCUGAUGUGGAGGUUGAAAGGGCCGGCGAAAAGCUGAAAUCCGGGGCCGCCGUCGCCGCAACCGAGUAUGACGUGAUCCCUGUUCCGGAGCACAAACUCGUCGAGCCGCAGCCCUGGAAUGACACGGAUACCAUCCUCCCGGGAACUCAGGACCCUUACUUCUUACGCAACGGCACAGGUCCGAGUGCUGUGUUGGGCGGCACCGUUAUACGUCGCUACGUCACAGCAGCUGAGUCGGGCUCUACAUUUUCUUUAGGAACAAUUGAGGGGUCUCAGGCCUAUGAAACUCAGGUACUCUCCGGCGGUAUACAGUUUCCUACUGUAGACCAUUGUUUGUACGUCACCGAUGGAUACAUGGAGAUCAAGGUCAACGACUCCAAUCCAUCACGCGUCGGACCUGCUGAAGUGGUCUGGCUACCAGCUGGAACCAACUUCGACAUCAGGGUUGUGAGUCAGUACACCAAGGUCUUUGCGUAUUCGCAGCCAGGUGGCCUGGUCGACCUACUGUUCGAAGCAGGCAAGGGCAACCCCCACGCAGGCCGAAAUUCAAUGAUUCCAAGUGUGCCUGUACCUUUUGAGCGGAACAACCUUCUCAAAUUACAAGAUCAGUUCGAGUUCAACUUCUCGUCGUAG